AUGAAGGGAGUUCAGCAAUUUAGUAGAUGGAGAAAUCUUUCCCCGAGAUACAUUGGUCUGUUCUGGAUAGUUGAGCGCAUUAGAGCCGUUUUGUAUCAGCUAGAUCUUCCAACAUCGAUGUCAAGUAUGCACGAUGUCUUCCAUGUUUCGAUGCUUAAGAAGCAUCUACGCGACGAGGAGCAGCAGCUAGUGUUAGACGCACCAGAGAUUGAGAUUCAUGAUGAUUUGACCACUACUGAAAUUCUUAUUUGUAUUCUUACCAAGGAGGACAAGAAGUUUAGAAACAAAGUAAUACCUUUAGUCAAAGUUCAAUGGAACCGGAAAGGAGCUAAGGAGGCUUCUUAG